AUGAAAACUAAUCAACUAUUCGCAUUUUUGUACCAACCAAUAAAUGAAGACGUAGUUCAGAAAUUGCAGACUUUUGAAGAUGAUAAGCAACGUAGUGUAGAAUGUGAAGUAUUAGUUACCCAGCGGGUACUUGGUAGCUUACCGAAUAACGAGGAUGAAUUCAACAAGACGUAUAAGUGUGGCGCUCGAUGCUUUGGUACACUUGCAGCUGUGGUUUGCAUAAUUAAUGGUAUCAUCACAGUCAUCACCGUAAGUCCACUGUGCAUAGCUAUGGGGGCAUAUAUGAUAUUACUGGGAGUUGGAAUAUUCAUAUUUGAAGCUCCGCUUUUGUGUAAGCAAGCAGAAAGUGCUCGCACCUUCCAUGAAUUUAUUUCUAACCGUCGAUUUAUUGAAAAAGCUGCUAUCUAUAUUUUAUUAUCUCUUGUUCCAAUCCUUGUUUGCUUUGGAAUUACUACGUUAAUAGGAUGUGGCAUGGUCUUUAUUACCGGCGUAUUUUAUGGCCUAAUGGCAAUUGGAAAAAGGGGCGGGGCUCGUCAGAAGCAACCUGAUCAGCAAGAAUUGGAUCCAUUAAAUGAUGUUGAAAGUCAAAAGGGGGAUGCGAAAAAGUAA